AGACGGCGGUGCAGCCGGCUCCCGCGCCGCCGCAGGCCCUGGCGGCCAGCUGCCCGGCCGGCGCGGGGGCCGGCAUGAUCCUCGGGCCAACUAUGCAAGGGGCGCUGCCCGCCGCCGCCGCCGCCGGACUGCCGCCGCCGCCGGCCCCCGGCACCCCCACCGGGCUGCCCAAAGGCUCGGCCAGCGCGGGGCCCCAGAGCCUGCCCAGGACGCCCUCGGCCACCACCGGCGGGAUCCGGGCCACGCUGACGCCCACGGUCCUCGCCCCCCGCCUGCCGCAGCCGCCUCAGAACCCGACCAACAUCCAGAACUUCCAGCUGCCCCCAGGUAUGGUCCUCGUGCGGAGCGAGAACGGGCAGUUGUUAAUGAUUCCUCAGCAGGCCUUGGCCCAGAUGCAGGCCCAGGCCCACGUGCAGACCCAGCCUCAGACCACCAUGGCGCCCCGCCCUGCAACCCCCACAAGUGCCCCUCCCGUCCAGAUCUCUACCGUACAGGCACCUGGGACCCCUAUUAUUGCACGGCAGGUGACCCCAACAACCAUAAUCAAGCAAGUGUCUCAGGCCCAGACGACGGUACAGCCCGCCACGGCACUGCAGCGCUCGCCCGGAGUGCAGCCUCAGCUGGUUCUGGGUGGCGCUGCCCAGACAACUUCCCUCGGGACGGCCACGACUGUUCAGACGGGGACACCUCAGCGAACGGUGCCAGGGGCCACCACCACCUCCACGGCUGCCACGGAAACCAUGGAAAACGUGAAGAAAUGUAAAAACUUUCUAUCUACAUUAAUAAAACUGGCCUCAUCUGGUAAACAGUCUACAGAGACAGCCGCUAACGUGAAAGAGCUGGUCCAGAACCUACUGGAUGGAAAAAUCGAAGCGGAAGAUUUCACCAGUAGGUUAUACCGAGAACUUAAUUCUUCACCUCAACCUUACCUUGUGCCUUUCCUGAAGAGAAGCUUGCCCGCCUUGAGACAGCUGACCCCCGACUCCGCGGCCUUCAUCCAGCAGAGCCAGCAGCAGCCGCCGCCCGCCUCGCAGGCCACCACCGCGCUCACGGCCGUGGUGCUGAGCAGCUCGGUCCAGCGCACGGCCGGGAAGACGGCGGCCACCGUGACCAGCGCUCUCCAGCCCCCUGUCAUCAGCCUCACGCAGCCCACACAGGUUGGCGUUGGCAAGCGGGGGCAGCCCACGCCGCUGGUCAUCCAGCAGCCGCCCAAGCCCGGAGCGCUGAUCCGCCCGCCGCAGGUGACGUUGACGCAGACGCCCAUGGUCGCUCUCCGGCAGCCUCACAGCCGCAUCGUGCUCACCGCGCCUCAGCAGAUCCAGCUGAACCAGCUGCAGCCAGUGCCCGUGGUGAAGCCCGCCGUGCUACCUGGAACCAAAGCGCUCUCUGCCGUCUCGGCUCAAGCAGCUGCCGCGCAGAAAAACAAACUCAAGGAGCCCGGGGGAGGCUCGUUUCGGGAUGACGAUGACAUCAACGACGUGGCCUCGAUGGCGGGAGUAAACCUGUCGGAAGAAAGUGCACGAAUAUUAGCCACGAACUCUGACUUAGUGGGCACCCUGACGCGAUCCUGUAAGGAUGAAACCUUUCUCCUACCAGCGCCUUUACAGAGAAGAAUCCUAGAGAUCGGUAAAAAACAUGGCAUCACGGAGUUGCAUCCGGACGUUGUGAGUUACGUAUCACACGCCACGCAGCAGAGGCUACAGAAUCUCGUGGAGAAAAUAUCAGAGACGGCCCAGCAGAAGAACUUCUCGUACAAGGAUGAUGACAGAUACGAGCAGGCAAGUGAUGUCCGGGCUCAGCUCAAAUUUUUUGAGCAGCUUGAUCAAAUUGAAAAGCAGAGGAAAGACGAGCAAGAGAGAGAGAUCCUCAUGCGGGCGGCCAAGUCUCGAUCCAGACAAGAAGACCCAGAACAACUAAGGUUGAAACAGAAGGCAAAAGAGAUGCAGCAGCAGGAACUGGCGCAGAUGAGGCAGCGGGACGCCAACCUCACCGCGCUCGCCGCCAUCGGGCCCCGGAAGAAGCGGAAGGUGGACUCCCCGGGACCGGGGUCGGGGACGGAGGGGUCGGGCCCAGGCUCGGCGGUCCCAGGCAGCUCCGGCGUCGGAACCCCCAGACAGUUCACGCGACAAAGGAUCACGCGGGUCAACCUCAGGGACCUCAUAUUUUGUUUAGAGAAUGAGCGUGAGACAAGCCAUUCACUGUUGCUCUACAAAGCAUUCCUCAAGUAGCACAGGGCGGGCGCGGCGUCGCGGACGGAGACGCCUGGGACGCUUUUAUAUAUUUGCAGAUGACGCCUUUUGUAACAAGCAAAUGGGAUAUUGUUUAAAAAACAGCCACCUCUUUACAACGGAACAGUUUUAUAUUCCUGUUUCUAAGUCAACUCUUCAGUGCGGAAGAAAACACGUUUCUGUAACAGAGAACACAGAGGCCCGUGGGCCCUCUUAAAGGACAAUUAACUCUUAACUCAUCUUUGAUUGAGUGGCCUUCUUGCCAAACAAGC